GCCAUUUUUUCUCACCUGCCACUACAAAUAGCAACUGAGCAGGGUGAUAUGUUUCAAGCUUGGAACAGGAUAGUACCAUCACCUCGUCCAUGAUUAGAACCGUCUAACCGUCUAUUCACGUCACCAACAUGAAGGCCAUACAAAUCACGGGCGACAAAGAUGCCCACCAGAUCACGCUCACCGACACACUACCCAAGCCGACUCCCCAGGGGCGCGACAUUCUGAUCAAAGUAUUCGCUGCCGGCAUAACCGCUGAUGAAGUCUCAUGGCCAGAACUGUACUCCACCUCUAGCAGAGUACCGGGACACGACAUUUCCGGCGUCAUUGAAGCCCUUGGGUCUGAGUAUGAUGGCGCUCUCUGUAUCGGUGACAGUGUCUUUGCAAUGCUCAGCGCCAACACCAGCCAGGGCGGCCAAGCAGAGUACGCCAUUGCAUCGCCCGACGAAGUUGCCCUGAAGCCCACGUCUAUUUCUCAUCAAGAGGCUGCGGCACUCCCGAUCCCCAUUCUCACCGCCUGGGAAGCAAUCUUUACGCAUGCCAAGGUGAAAAAGGGGAGCAAAGUCCUCGUCACCGGUGCUUCGGGCUCAGUUGGCGUCAUGCUUGUUCAGAUUGCAAGCCGACUGUUGAACGCAGAGGUCAUUGCCCUAGCCUCAGCACAAAACCACGCUCACCUUAUGGAGCUUGGAGCGAGUCAGGCUUUCGACUACAUGUCGCCGAAUUGGCAUCAAAUCAUCAAGGAUAUGGAUAUCGUCUUCGACACCGCUGGCGGCACAAUCCUAGACAGAGCCUGGAACACAGUGAAGAAAGACGGCGCCAUCGUGACUGUGGCAGACCCACCUCCGCCGUGGGCAUUUGGCAGGGGGAAGCCUGAACAGCUGCAGGACCACCCAGAUGUCACAUGGGUAUACUUUGUUGUCACUUCUCGUAGGGAGCAUUUGGCGAGAGUUGCAUCUCUUUUGGAUGAAGGAUCACUUGAGCCGCUCGCUAUCAAGACGUUUCCAGUUGAGAAUGCCGUAGACGCCUGGGCAUACGGAGGCCGACGAGGUCGCAAAGGAAAGGCGGUGAUAGAGUUUGCUUCUCAAUAGCAAAUUAUUUUUGAAUACGUGUUUACUUUGCCUGCUUAACAUUGCUAUAUUCAGUUUCAUGAAGGGAAAGCAAAAGACAAACGACGAUGAUGUCUAGG